UCACGCUGUCCCCGUCACAGCCCCGCCGCUUGCCCAGCCCCGGGGCCGGGCUUCCCCAGCACAGCCCCGCCAUCGCUCUGGGAACCUGCUGAGCACCGGGAGCCCCUGUCCCCAUGGUGUCCCUCGAGGGUUUGGUGGCUGUGGCUGUGGUGCUCGCUGGCCUGGGCCUCCUGGCCUGGUGCCUUUGGGCAGGAAGGCUGGAGGUGCCUGGAGCCUGGGGUGAGGAGGAAGAGGAGGGGAUCCCCCUCAUUGCCAAGGACGGUUUGUGGCGCUGCCGACUGCUGUGCAAGCCCUCGGCACUGGCCCAGCACCUGGUGCGGAGCUUGGGGCGGUCGGCGGUGCUGCGGGGAGGCCGCUGGUCGUGGCCGCGCUGGCCACAGCUCCAGAUGCUGCGGCAGCUCCUGCAGCCACCUGAGCCCGAGCCGGCGCUGGCCCGGGAGCUGCUGCAGCUGCCUGACACUGGGCUGGUGGCCCUGGACUGGCUGGUGGGGCCGUGGGGAACCAUGGGUGCUGGCGUGGGGGACUCCAGCCCUGUGCUGCUGCUCAUCCCCAAUGCCGCUGGAAAGGUGACAGGGGCGCUGCUGCAGCUGGGGCUGCGGGCCCUGGAGCGGGGCUUCGUCCCCGUCAUCUUCAACCGCCGGGGGCACAACGGCUGCCCCCUCACCACCCCCCGGUUCCAGCCCUUCGGGGACCCCAGGGAUCUGCGGGAGGCGGUGACAUACCUGCGCUGCCGGCACCCCACGGCCCUGCUGCUGGCCGUCAGCGAGGGCUCGGGCUCGGGGCUGCUGCUUGCCUACCUGGGGGAGAGCGGCUCCUCCAGCCGCCUGGCCGCCGCUGCUUGCCUCUCCCCCGUCUUCAGCGGCCGGGACUGGUUCGAGGCUGGGAUGCCCUGGCUCUACGAGUGGCCGCUGCUUCUGCACCUCAAGCAGGGACUCAGCAGGUACGCGGGGUCCCUGUCCGAGGCGGUGGACGUGGACAGGCUGCUGGGCAGCCGCUCGCUGCGGGAGCUGGAGGAAACGCUCUUCUGCCGGACCAAGAGCCGCCCCACCAGCUGGGACACCUACUGGGAGCGCAACGAGCCCCUGCGCGACGCCGACGAGGCGGCCGUGCCGGUGCUGUGCCUCUGCAGCGCCGACGACCCCGUGCGCGGCCCCCCGGCCCGCAGCCUCCCCACCGAGCUCUUCCGCAGCAGCCCCUACUUCUUCCUGCUGCUCACCCGCCGGGGGGGACACUGCGGCUUCCCCCGGCAGGGACAGGGACGCUGCUGGGGACACGAGGUCGUGCUGGAGUAUUUCAAGGCCAUGGCCGAGUUCCUGCGUGCCGAGGAGAGGAGGAAGGGGCCGCCGCGGCCCCGCGGGUCGGGGGGUCCCGCCGUCGAGCCCCCCGUCUUCACCUGGCAGAGGUCGUACACCCGGUAGCCCGGUGCCGGGGGGCUCAGAGGGGCAGGCAGACACUCCGUGUACUAAAAUUACUUUAUUACAGUUGAUUUUUUUUUUUUAACAUUUCCUUUGCUAUGAUACAAAGGAUACUUACAAACAAAAUAUUACAUAUGACCUUAUUUUUUUUUGUUUUCUCUUCUCUUAUUUUCUGACAACUUGGUAACAGCUUUAAAUGCACAAUCUAUACAAUUAAUACAGGUUAUAUAUGAGCUAUAAUGUAUGUUGAACCAGAAGAAUACCAGAAUACUGACAAUAUACUGUACAUUAAUCCUUACCAGUUAGUGCUCGUGGCAUUUUCUACAAGAAGGAAAACGCACACCUGUAGAUUCACUCAUACCAGCUGGUGCUACCAGACACAGAAGCAGGAAGGAGUUUAAUUCCCCUGGUUAAAUCCUUCACGGCCCACCACCGUGGUGCUGGGCCUGGAAACCUCAGACCAGUGUUCAUAGUAAAACAGCAGAUAUGUGUGGGUUUUUUGUGGUUUUGUUUGUUUCUCUACCUAACGCUCUGUGGCACAGAACGGCCCAGCCGGUGCCUCCCCCGGCACCGUGGCCGCCGGGCUUUGCUUUGUCUGGAUGAUGCCCCAGAGCUGACGGCGCUGGGCGAGCUCUUGUUGGGGAGCUGGACCUCUGCAGGGAGAGGAGGAGGAGGAAGAGGAGGAGGAGGAGGAGAGGAAAAGCAGCAGCAGCUUUCCAGCCAUCAGCAGGCAGCUCUCGGGUGCCGGACCCCAGCGACGGGCACCCGGACCCCAAUGAUGGGCACCCAGACCCCGACGACGGGCACCUGGACCCCAGCGACGGGCACCCGGACCCCAAUGAUGGGCACCCAGACCCCGACGACGGGCACCUGGACCCCGACAAUGGGCACCCGGACCCCAACGAUGGGCACCCGGAACCCAACGACGGGCACCCGGAACCCAACGACGGGCACCCGGGGGUCCGAGCGAGCCCGAGCGCAGGGCCGGUGUCCGGCCAAAUCCUCCCACCCGCUCGCCAGAAAAGCUUCGCUUUUGUUUCGCAGCCAAAGCUCGAGUUGUGUGGCUACAGGUGUGCACUUCCCCUCCUCCCGCCAUGGGCUACGUCCGACUGAUAAGGUUACAUUUUAUUAUUUUUAUAUUGUUUUUUUACCUUUUUUUCUUUUUUUUUUUCGUUUUUUUGUUUUUUUUUUUAAGCAACCAGCAAGUGAAGCGUUUCUUUAGUUGACUGGCAAAAGAGCUGGCGUUUGCACAGAAGCUGCAAAUGGAAAAUAGGCAUCCCCUCCACCCACCCGCUGCAUCCCAGCCCAGAAAACCCCAAACUGUUGGCGGAUUAGAAACAAACCCAAACCACGGGGGCGGAGGAGAGGAAGGGAGGGGAGAACAGGUUGGAAAACCCCAGGUUUGAGUUACCAGUUCCUUGACUUCACACAAUGCUUGUGCAAAAAGAAACAAAACAAAACCCCCAAACAAACAAAAACCAAACCCAGAAACAUGCUGGAAAUAAUGAAAACAAAUGGAAAGUAAUAUAUAUAAAAUUAAAAAUAUAAAUAGGAUGUCUGGCUGACUGGUAGAAGAAUAGGUCAUUUAGGUUACAAAAAGGAAUAUACAUUCAAGAGGCUCUGAACCCAGUGGGGUAACUGAUGUUAAAACUUGUGUUAAUAGUUAGGCUAGAAUUCUCAAGUUUGUCUUUAAAAUCUUCACAAUACAAGCAAGCUAUUUGUAAAAAAUGUACACUAUACACACCUCACACAGCUCUCCUAUCCGUAUCACACACGUUACGCUACCUUCCCAUCCACUAAACCAAGGGGGUUCCCGCGGCGAAGGUACCGGGGGGCACACGGGGGUACACAGGGGUCCCCCCUUCCCGACCCGUCCAUGGGGCAGGUGGCUCAGAGCCCCGGGCAGGUCCCCUGUCCCUCCCCUCUCACCACAACCACCUCCUCAAGCAUUUACAAGUCACCAAAGGGCUGUAGCCUUUUAUGUUAUACACACUUCACUUUGUAACGUUAAUUAUUUACAUCAGGGCUGCUCCCCCCCCCAUAUCUUUUAGCUGUCUCUAGGCAGGUAAAAAAAUGUUCCUGUUCCAAGCAAGCAGGGGGAAGAGCCGCGGGGGGCGAGGAGGGAAGGAAAGCUGAAGAAAGGAAGGGGGUGGUUUGCUUGCCAGAAGCCAAACCCGUACGCACACAAACGCUUCACCUUCUCUGAUCCUGGAAUCCUCACGAGCUCCCGUCCCCUACGAGCCCCGGGACAAGCAGACCCGGAGAGCGCGGCGCCCACGCUCCGCUCGCGGCUUCCCGGGACGCUCAGCAGAGAUAUUCAGGACUCGCCUCUGCCACAGGACACGGAGCACAGGUCCGUCCUUCAACCCUGGGAGCGCAGGUCAGGCCGGGGGCAGCGACACCCCGACCCUCGCACCCAAAAUGUCACCCUCGGCAUCCGCAGUCGGGCUUUGCCGGAGCCGUGCGGCAGCAGCAGCGCCGUGCUUCAGGUUGUUAACAACCCCGCGCUGAUCGCUGAGCUCUGCUGAGCUCAGAGUUGCCAUAGAAAUGCGCGAUCCUGGCACUAAAAGCAGGCAACAAUCUCAAAUGAAAGUCAUAUUUCUUUUUUUUUCCUCUAGUAGGCUUAGAUGAACUCGGGUUUAAGACAAAAGCAGCCGGAAGGGGAAAAGAGAUCAUUUCAAGAGAGGUUGAAAAACAUAGUCGUAAGCCGGUAUUAAACCGCAGCGAGGAACCUGAACUCGGUUCCCGUUGAGUUCGGCUCCAGGGGAGCUGAACGCCGCUCCGUCCCUCGCGCUGCCCACGACGCCGACGGGAAGGAGGCGACACGCGGCGGAAAACGCGGCCGGGGGCUGGGAGCCGAAAUCCGGUGCCCCCAGCCCCCCUGCGGCACCUCCCCAGCUCACGGUACCGAAGCACAAUUCCUCACAGCAUCACUUGGACAAGUCUCGGGGAUUAGACGCAUGCGGAACUACGACUGGCAAUUACAGUAGCUUUUUGCUAGCUGGCACAUACUGUAUCUAGAAAUUUUAGUACAAAAACUUAAAAAAUACAGAAACUAGGUCAAUUUGUUAACUACAUAUUUACAGGUAAUUACAAUGCUUUUCACUCACAAUAAUUAAACUAAUUGUCAGUGAAAAUUCAAACUGUGCAUGUUCUGAGGUACCCGUACUCAGGGGUGGGGAGCGGGGCAGGGGACCGGAGGGGUGAGGUGGGGGGGACGAUCCCCCCCACGUUUGUUCACAUCGUGGGGGCAACACUCGCUCCUCCUGGUUCCUGGACUCAGUGUGUGCACUCAGAGAAAGCAAGGAGAGAGGGAACCGAUGUUGAGGCUGUAAUUAGUUUUCCUACGACAUGGCUUUAGGAUGUUCUGAGGACGCCAGACGGGUGCAAAGCCAACAGUCACGUACCAAACCGCCGCCUCUCCCCACAAAAAGAGCCUUCAGGUGAAGUGCGAGUGUCGGGACCCAUAGCUCGGUGGUUAAGGUGCUUGUCUGCCAGCAAAUCCGAUUUCCUAAGUCCCUCUCUAGCUGACAAAGGCCUUUCCUCCCCCAGCAAAGCCUGGGCAGGGCAGGGACGCAGCUGCCUGAACCUCAUUGUGCAAGAGGAACCAGGGUUAUCUGCUGCCAUCGCUCCCUGGUGGGGUGAUGUUUGCUGUGACUACUACAUCUAUCAGCUGCUUUUUUUUUUGGCUGUAAACAGCUACCCACAACCCCCCAAAGCGCCUCACACGUGCUUCUCAACAGACUCCAGCUCAAUCAACUCGUAAAAGUGCAAACUGAAGCAAACACAGCAGAGGGACACUGACCAUUGUCCCUGCCUGAGCAUCCACUGCUCCUCCAUCUCUGGCACGGGCUCCGGGCUCUCUGCCCCACGGCAGGAGCACGGCUCAGGAUGACACUAGUCACUGUGAAAGGGUAAGGACGUUCCAACCAAACACCAGCCUCACCUAAAAAGCUUACAAGAGACCUUCCAAAAGGGACGGAGGAUAAUUGCCUCCAAAUUUGUCUGGUAGCACAAAGAAGCGAGCCCAUGGUUCGUGUGCUGCUGAGCUGGCCGGGCUUCCGGGGGGGUAAAUGUCACAGCUGGGUGACUUGACACAUGCAAGAACCAUUUAUCGCCCAAACCGGCAGAUGUCUCACUAAGAUGGGGUCUGCAGAGGGCAAAGGAGAAGGUUUAGAAGGGUCUUCACAGCUCCAGAAGCGUGUGGUGUCCAGCACAGGGCUGGAGGAAGGACCAGGACAAGAUCCACUAGAAAUGCAGAGCAAGCACCCAGGAGAACAAGGCUGUCCUCUGCGUAGCAGACUUGAAUAGCAAAACACACUUGCCUGAGGAGAAUAAAGAAUGGACCAAAAACGUCCCUCUGUGUGCAUAUAUGUACAUAUACGUUGUACACACACACAUUUAUUUUAAAUCUUCCAAUUUAGCUUCUCUUCUGACCCUCCGCACACCCUGCCCUAGUUAUCAGACGCGCACAAGGGUAGACAGUGUUCAGAGUCAGCAGCGGCUUGAACUCAGGAAUGCCAGAAGUUAGUGCUGGUGCAGAGUGCCAAGACGGUGCCGGGCUUGUGAUCUUUCACAGCCAGACGCAGCCAGGGACCCGGCGCUCAGCGCCCUCCCCAGCAUCCCUCAACUCCUUUCCUAUCCCUAUACCAUCUUGCUUUCUUCUCCGCUGUCUUCUGACUUUCUGGUACCCUCUGGGAGCUCUCUGGUGUCCUCCACAGCACACCCGGAGCAGCCGGCCUGCCCUCCCGUGCCCCACAACGAGCAAGCUACAAUUAGCGGGGCAGGAUUUAAAGCGAGGGCUUUAGACUGAGCUCAGCCUCGCGCAGACGUACGUGCCCUGCUGCAGAGGUUGCUUUUGCUGACGAACAGGAGCGCUAAAGAACAGCAGAACUGAAGUGCCCUGACAGAAAUGCACAGCGUGGUGUGUGUGUGUGCACAUAUACCCACACACACAUACCGAGUAUAUAAAUAUAUACAAAUGAGAUACCAUAUAUAUAUAUCCAGAGAGAUGUGCGUAUUCAACGGAGUAAUGGUAGACAGUGGUACAAUACAAUUUAUUGCCUCUCAAGAAAUGGCACGUAAGCAGGGUCACGGGGACAGGGCAGCCUCGAGCGCCUUUUCCCUGGGGGUAGGGGGUUAAUUUACAGCAUCGCCCCUGUAUCCCCAGGCUGCACCCCCAGGUGUGCAACCUGCGCUCUUCUGGGGCGGAUACGGAGCGAUGCCAGCCUGGCCGCAGGGGAUUUUCUGUGGGAAGCUCGGUAUUGUACCACAUUCAAUCCUUCAACCCCUUGGGAGCUCAGGGCGAGCGCAGGUGAAACGGAGCCGGGGUCUCCAUUUCAGCGCCGCGUCCGAGGGAGAGAGCACGAAACGCUCGACAGGGAUGGGAGAGGCAGCGCUGCCUCCCUAGGACUACGGAGAACAAGGAGAAUGCAGCCCCUUCCACUGGGUUUGGGUAAUUAAAAUCAAAAAGAAAUUCAAAUCAGAAAAAGGUGAAAAUGCUGGCUCCUCUUAUUUUCAUCUGUGGGCUAAACUACAUCAGAACUUUAGGUCUUUGCAAAGGGGAAAGAAAAACAACCACAGAGUAACAGAUUUCAGGGGGUUAAGCUGAUGAAAAUACCGCAAUAAAGUUUGCAAAGCAGUCCGUACAGACGAGCUUCCCCAGCGUGAAAUAUGAACGUAAGAGAUGUAACAACGUCUUUGCUGAGGUACUGGAGUAGUUUCCACGAUUUACAGUAUUUUUAAAAUGAGGGUUAGGACAUGACUGCUAUAGACAAUAUGGAGUAAUUAGUCUUACUUUUAAAAACAGAGUUUGCAAACUGAUUCAGAGAGUGUUUGCGCCUCUCCAGCCUGUAGUUGUUAAUGUAUCUCAGAAAUACACCCGAGAUACAUUAAAAUCUCAACACCAAGGGCCUCCUCACAUUCCUCCAAGGCACAGCCUGACCCUGAGUCCCUCUGGCUAUGUAACAGGGUGUUUUCUCUGGAAAUCAGGCUUGUUUGGGACAGCUUUCCUUCCCCCACAUACACACAGGGACACACACAUUUAGACCAGUUGAUCUGAAUCAGUUUUUGCAAACUAUUUUAAUUAAAAUAUUAACUUGUUGGAAUAGUCCAGGUCUGCACAUGAUAUACAUGUAAAAAUGGUUACUACACAAUUCUUUUUGAAUACAAAAAAGCCAAUAUGGGAUAGCCAUCAUUUGGAUUCAGCAUUCAGUCAUGCUCGACAUUACACAAAGAGAUGGGUUGAGAGAAUUCUGUUGAAGUAGCUCAAUUUAAGCCAGAGACUUUGACCAAAUUCAAACCGUAACAGAAGCAAAAGAAUGAACCCACUGAACUUGCAGGUAUAGCCUGUCCCCAAUGCUGCUGUUUGUGAUAGAGGAGCUGAACUUCAAAACGCCGUGUCAGCACCGAGCUCUGGGCGCACCCUCCACGCUCACGGUAAAUCCCAAUACGAACACAAUUUUGGCCUUUCCUUUCGUUUUUGUCUUUCUAACCCCAAGGAAAACACAGGUACCUUUCCUAAAUCAGUUUCGCUGCAUUCCAACGACACCGCAAUGCAAAAGAAUGACCCUAAAACAUCCAAUUCCACAUGAAAACAUAGCAGAGGAAAGGACAGGAUAAUUCGCGGUCACCACUUGCCCCAGGCGGGGGACAACCAGAGUCACCCCCAUGGGACCACCGCCUCACCCCAGGCUUCCAUCAACUGUUAGUACUACAAAGCUCCUUCCUAAGGGGCUGCUCGAAUGUAUUUUGGUAGUUUCCACCUUUGAUUAGAGUGAUAUGCUACGUCAAGACGCUAGAAAUCCCAGUUGGAUACACUGGACACUGGCAGAGAGUUAAGGACUGGGAGUGGAUGUUAAUUGAGCUAACGAAAGAACGUCGCCCCGUUGAGAGUACUGAACAGCAGCGAGACACUAUUUACUAUAUAAAUAUGUCACAUGGACAAACACAUUCGGAAAACCUUGCUUUUGAGCCCUAUAAACAUAUUAAAGGCAAAUCCUAGAGUUAGCAGCUAGUGUUUUCUUCAAGAUGAUUAGUGUGCAAGGAAAAACAUUUACAAAGAACCCUGGCUGGUCAGUCCCCAAGAUGGAAAUCUUUGCCUCAAGCCAAACUUCAUCUACCUGCUCCUUCCCCAGCCCCAGCCUGACCCGGCGCGUGGGGACAUCUCCGGUUCCCAGCACUAAGGGAUGACACGAUGCCACAAAGUCAUUCGGUUAACCAAACUCCCUGACCCCUUUAUCGCCGUCUGGAUUUCACAACCUCCUUUGCUUCCUUUCAGUAGUACAGCAGCUCCAAGGAGCCUCUGGAAGUAGUGCCUUCUCGCACGGUUCAGCGUGAUAUGCUGCCAAAAUACCACAGCAUCUCGAGGGACUGUAAAAGCUGUGAAGUAUUGCAGCAACGAAAGUAAUAAAAAAAGGAGCCUCACAUGCAGCCAGAUCUACAGUGGUGAUGUGGGUUAGUCAUCAGCUGGGAAAGUCAUUGGCUCAGCUCCUCCUGGUACACUGUGGCAACUAAACAUUUAAACAGUUGGCUACACUCUACAUGUAAACAGGAAAUUGCAACAAGCCAAAAAGGUAAUAAAUUGGUGGAUGUAGUGUGAUAAUGAAAAACCCGAUCAAUGGCAUUUUGUGACUAUGGCAUCCUUCAAAAUACCUCUGGCAUUUGAGAUUGAUUGGCUGAAAGUCUAAACAUUUCUGAAUGGAGCAAAAAGGACUACGCUGGGCUCCAAGAAUUAUCCUGAUGCUUAGCUAAGAUGAGAUGUCACAGUAUUAGCUGUACAAGUGCAUUAUUUACGCUCCUCUGCCCAACCUCGUCUGAGCUACCAGCAGCACAGUCAGGGAGUGCCAACGCAGGAAUCAUAAUUUUGAACAUUUCUAGCCUGUUCCCUCCAGACACGUUCACACACACGCUUCUCGGGAAGCUGACCAGUGCCUUCUGAGAGAACGUCACUUCUGACACCACACGGAGCGGGCACUUGGGUAGAAGGGCCCUGCUGAGCCCUGGGGUCUCUUGGCCUCUCUUCUCACCCUUCUUCCUCACCUACGAGUCUUUGAAAACGCCUCCUGGCAGAGGCAAUACCCUAGAAAUGUAUCCAAUUUCAUGACAAAAUAAAAACGGAACAGAAGAUCCAGCUGUUCCUCCCCUGGAUGUUGGUUUAAAGGCAGCUCGCCUGGUUUUUGCAGGGUGGCAGUUCGAAAUUUACGGACAUGGGAGGAGGUCUCUGUUCUCCCUCAGACUUCCUACGGAUGGCGUGACGAGGGCAGUCUGAGCCCCUUCUGUCCUGUCAGUGUGACGACCACCAGCCAACUCUUCUAAUUGCAUAUAUUUCUCAGACGCCCUCCCAAGACCCCUCCAAAAAGUAAAAAUGAAAAAAGAAAAAAAAAAACAACAAAAAAAGAAAACAAAAAACAAAA